AUGCCACCAAAAGGGCAGGUUAGCAGUGAAAGGAAUGUGAAGAUCAUAUCAGGUCGUGAUGGGCAAAAGAAGGGAAAUUCACAGCAUGACCAAAUUGUACACGUGCCAAAGGACAUGGUCACAGCAGUCAAUGGAAAUGUAGAUGGAAAAUUUGAAGAUAAAGUUAGAGUUGUGAAGAAUGAUAAGUUCCGAAGACAGCGAGAGUCUUGGGGUGGGGAAAGGGCUGCAUGCAUGAAGGGCUCAAAACCAUGGCCUGGUCGAAAGGCAACUACUGUUGAUGAACUUGUCAAACAUAUGUCAAAUGUUCCUUCAUAUUUACAGCGUAAAGAAACUUCUGACCAUCUUCAAGACAAGGCGCUGAAUGUUGGAGUUCUUGAGUGGGGUCUUCUUGCUAACUGGUCUCAACAACAAAAGCUUGAGCUCACUAGAAGCCAUGGAGCAUCGCCAUCCAAUACUAGCAGGUCUGUACUAUUCUCAUCUCCAUCACAUUCUUCUGCAAGCCCCAGCAGCAGAUCCCUUGAGAGUAAUCAAUCUACCCCAAUGAGCGACCAUCAUCAUUCAUCCAUCAGAGCCCAGCAGAGUAGGCUCGCAGAUAAACACCAUGGGAAGGCCAGAUGUUCGCCUAGCCCAAAUUCUGCGGUAUUGAGCUUAUUGCCAGGUCAUGGCACACAUCCCUGUCCAGAGAACGGUCGUAAUUAUGUUGACUUGGGUCUCAGCAAUGUUUCUUUAGCCCCAGACUCUCUAGGUUCUUCCUCUAGAAGUUGCGGAAGACAUGAAAUGGUUGAAUAUGAAGAGACUAGAUGGAAGACUGAAGAUGUUGUCCAUCAUUGUUCUCGUAGGCUUUUUACAGACAGCGAUAACAUUGGGAAACGUUUCUUCACAUCAAAUAACAAUGAUUCCAUGUGUAAUGAUCCUGAACAGAGCAGUGGCUUGAAUGGUGAAAAUUUUGAGUCACUAAUAUCUGAUGCUUUGAUGGACACAGCUAGAAGUGGCAGUAGGUCACCUGAUUGUUUCUUGGAGGAUAUUGAGCCAUCCCUUGAAUUUCCUCGAAUCCCAUAUUCAUGUCCACUUCCCAUCAUAGAUUCAGCAGCUAAAGAGAUUGGCACCACUAGCACUGAGGCUGGAGAUAAUUUUGUUGGUACAGCUGCAAAAGUAAAUAAGAAUUCUAACCGAAACCAAUCUGCCAUGAAUGUCACUGAGAAUCCUCCCCGAUAUUCUGCAAAGUUUAGUGAUAGGAUGCCUGAUCGCCAUAUAGGUUCUGGGAUGAAUCGAGUGAGCCGCAGCUCUAGCCUCAAGGAGUCACCACAUGCCCGACAACCCAAUGUAGUUCCUCCUGUCGAUAAGACAGGAGACAGGUCAUCACCCAACAGCAAAGGUAGGCGAAGCCCAUUGAGGAGGAUGUUAGAUCCAAUAUUAAAGCCAAGACAUUCUAGUCCAGUGCGCCCUUCAUUUGUUCCGAAGUGUCAUCUUCCGGUCAAUACCACCAAACAGUCUCUGGACUUGGGGGGGUCAGUGCCACAGAAUGUGCAGCGAAGGUCAGUUGAUUUGGUAGUCAAUUCGAAUUAUCCAAUCGAACCAAAUAUGAAUCAGCCUCCUCGUGUGCUAUUAAACAGUGCAAGAUACAUCCAGAAAGACAAGGAUUCAGCAACAACAAGGCAAGCACUUCUGCAGCUAGCAUGGAAGAAUGGCUUGCCUUUAUUCAUGCUGUCUUAUGGUGAUUCGGAUAUCCUGGCAGCCACUGUUAGAAGGAAGGGCAUCUCUGAAAAGGAUGAUCUGGAAAGCACAUAUGCUGUAUUCACCGUUGAAGAACCUAAGAAAAAAAGUGGAGCUUGGAUCAAGGCAGGGGGCAAGAACAAGAAACAUAACCUUUUAUCUAGCAUAGUUGGGGAAAUAAAGGUUGCACGUCGAAAAUCAAGAUGCCACCAUACAGCAGAUGUUCAUGUACACAGGGAAUUUGUGUUGGUUGGUUCUGAAUUUCUACCAUCGUCUGACGAAUCAGGUGAUUCACAUGUUAGUGGAGAGCUUGCAGCUUUUAUAACUGCACUUCCUCAGCAAGAAGCAGAAACUUCGAAUCAAUCAUCUUCACAGAAUACCAGACAAAGAAAUUCAGCACCAAUUGGAUGUGGUUGCCCCCCACUGGGAAACUUCCAGCCUAGUACGAGAAAUGCUAAUUCUGCUUCAGCCAAUGUUAUUGCAGUACUUCCUGAUGGCUUCCAUGGCACAUCAACAUCUGUGCAGCCAUUGCCUUUGAUUGAGAGGUGGAAGUCAGGAGGAGCUUGUGACUGUGGUGGAUGGGAUGAAGGUUGCAUGCUGAGUGUCCUCACUGAUGCGGCCCAAGAAAAUGAUGCCAUUCAGGCUACCCAGGCAAAGGAUGGCAGCCAGCGAUUUGAGCUUCUAGUUCAGGGUCGAUCGCGAGAAGAUAGGAAUGCCUUCAGUAUGACUUCCUUCAAAGAGGGGCUUUAUACAGUGGAAUUCAGAUCAUCCAUUGCAUUACUUCAAGCUUUUGCAAUGUGUAUAGUGAUGCUCCAUGGGAGGUACCCUAGCAGGAUGCAAGUUGGUUCGCAAGCAGCGCAGGAGCAUGAUCUCCUUGCUGGGCAUGAGCUCAAGGCCAUGGCAUCCAGUCAAGGAAGAGCUCCGACCAGCUAUGUGCCCCACCGGCCACCUCUUUCUCCUGUAGGCCGAGCCUAG